AUGACCAAACAAAACCGGUCACCUAGUUUCUUGGGGUAUGGUGAACGCUUUGUUACGAACAACAAAGAGAAAGCAGACUCACUUAACAACUUUUUUCAAUCAGUAUUCAGUCCUAACGAUGGUACUUCUGAAUCUUACCAAGGGCCAUCUACUAUGCCGGUUCAUCAUUUAAGUGAAAUCCGCCUUACAAUUUCAGAGGUAAUUAAAUUUCUGACAGACAUUGAUGUAAACAAAGCACAUGGCCCCGACAACAUUCCUGGUAGAUUGCUGAAGGAAACUGCACCUGAAAUUGCCUCUCCCGUCUGCCGUUUGUUUAACCUAUCGUUGUCUCUCGGCAAGUUUCCUGAUCAGUGGAAAUUAGCUAAUGUAUGUCCUGUCUACAAAUCCGAUGAUCCCACAUUACCCAAAAACUACCGCCCAAUUUCAUUACGUAGCAUUAUAUCCAAAUGCCUAGAAAGAUGUGUCUUUAAACACUGCUAUACCCUCAUCUCGCCACAACUCUACCAUCUGCAGCAUGGUUUUCUUAAAGGAUGGUCCAUUGUUAUUCAGCUCCUCCAGGUCUAUCACGAAUUGAUUCAAGCCCUAGCCAAAGGCAAGGAGAUUGACAUAGCUUAUUUGGACUUCGCUAAAGCAUUCGCAAAGUCCCUCAUUGUGCCUUGCUAA